CACUGGGGUCGGGGACAUUGAUCGAGUACACACGCUUCAAGUACCCGAACUGCACAGCAGUGUAUUAACGUUGUCCCAACAUGUCGGACGUGGAGAAGAGUUUUCUGCCUCGAAAGCCAAAUUUAAAGCAAGACAGCUCACGUCCUUGGCGACGUUGUUUGUAUACUUCUGUUGCAGCGUCAGUUACAUGCAGCAUCGUUUUGUUGGUUUUGUUCUUAAUUAUGACUUGCUACAGUGUCCGAGAAGGCGAACAUCCGUCCCCCUCAGAGAACAUUAAGUCUGGGGCGGUGUGUUCUGUAUGUGAUCAUCUUGGGCCCGGAAUACAGUCUUCUGAGACCUUGUACGACUUGGUCAGAACGCCGAAUCAUACUCUGUGCUGUCUGAAGGACGGUAAUAUUUCCUCAGUGUUUAAACAGAUACUAGCUGACCAGCAAGCCGGGGCUGUAAAUAAUGCGGAUUCAAGUCAGCAUCUUCUUCCAGCAUCCUUAGUCAAAUUACGACAGAACGUCACUGGAGCUCACCUGUAUCUCGACCCGAACUGUUUAAGUGAUGGCAGACUCUCGUGGAUCGACCAGGACAAGUACGGCACCGCAUACUUGUCCGGAAUCCGCUACCACAAACAUCGCCUCCAUAUCCCUUCAGCAGGACGGUAUCUUCUCUACUCACACAUCACAUUCACCAGAAAGUUUCCCGGAACUCGCGGAGGCAACAAUUUCAUCCACAGGAUCACACGCUACCACUCCAAGCAGCCAAAAUUGGGAGAAGUGAACAUUUUGGUCAGCAAAGAUUCUUACCCACAAUACACCACCCAAAAGUCUAGUUUUCAGUCAGCCAUCUUGAAUUUGCGGUCACAUGACCAACUGGCUGUCCAGGUAUCUGACACAGAUUCUGUUCAUGACAAUUCAAUGUAUAGUUAUUUUGGAGUUAUUAAACUAUGACGAUGUGC